UCGACCGUUAUGAAAGACUCCACGACAAAAGUUGCAUUAUUUAGCGACAAGAAACCUGAACCAACUAGAGGUAUCUCUUCAAUUAACAGGUGGCAAGUUACACUUAGUUUUUCAACAAUUACCCUCGCUAUUUUCAGUUGGGUGUCCAGAUUCUUUUGAAAGAUAACCUGAUCUUCGUACAUCAGUGGUCGAGUUACUACAAGAGAUGAUCUCAGUAUAAAAGCGGGCUUUCGUUCUACGAGCUUUAUUCUGCUGUGGAUAAUACAGUGCUGGUAUCUGGAUCAAUAGUAGUGUUCGCAAGAUACGUAUAAACAAUGCAAAUUGAAUCUUAAAGGCAAGAAUAACUUGGUGAGUAGGGACAUCACUACACAUCUUAAUCUGGGAUGGGGUAUAAGUACGAAGUGUGAUACAAAUCGGUUAAAUGUAAGCGUGCAGGACAUACAAAGGAACACCGUCAAGGUAUUAAGAAACUCAGAUUAAAAUGGAUGUUAGGGUUCAGUUGAUGAUUGUUUUAAUAGAAAACAAUGGUAACUGUAUCUCUGAAGAACAUGAAGUUGGGACUGUGGGAAUCGAGAGCCUGGAAGUCCUAGCCACCAUCCAGAUACAUGUAUGGACUCUAAGGGUCACAAGCCUCCAGCGCCGGCCACACAUUCACAGACACCCAAUCAUAAAGAAGGCAACCUUACUUCCUUACUCCGCUGUGAGGUUGUGUUGUAGUGGUGUUGAAGUUUUUACCCUUCUUCUUGGCCAGAUCAAGUGGAGGGAAGGUGCUGCUGAAAAAAGGAAAGGUGUUUUUCUCUCCACUUGGAGCUCUUGGGGUCACAUGCAUGGAACACACAUUAGCUCUUAGAUUUGGGUUGUAGCUAUGGAAAUGCUCACUGAUAGUUUCUUCACAUAAUAAUAAGAGGAAUUUAAUAAGAAGAAGCAGGCAGCUGUUUAGUCAAUACACAUCUUGACAAACACUACAUGUGAGUACUAUUUACAACCUUACAUAAUUUAUUCUUCACCCUUCUACCAAGAGACAUGAAAAGGACUUGGUGGAACCUUUAGCUGCCCAAUUUCAAUCUCUACAUGUCUAUAAGGUCACAUAAUUACAUUUUGACUUUUCAAAUCAAUAGCUCUCAUUAAGAUCAAAUUAGUGUAGCCCUGAAUGAUAAAGACACAUAAGUCUGUGCACACAUUAAUAGUGUAUAUACAAGUUUAUGACCUGCAUCUGAGUGUAUAAAAUGUGUCUCUGCAUCAUAACACAGACAAAACAAUGACAAAGUGUCCUCUUAGCUCUGUAGUACCUUCCAUUAGACACUGUCUACAUGCAAUAUUUAGCAAA